CUGAUCCUUUUCGUUGAAUGGAUUACUUCCUAAGGCAAGUGGAGUCAAUCGGAAUUUUGGGCUGCAAAAUUUUCUUACCAUGGGGCUUUUUUAUGGCAAUUUCAGACAGAAUCCGGAAGAAACAGGAAUGGGUUAUGAGUUGGUUUUCCCAUAUGACAUUUCUUAUUACUCCAACUCGAGCACUUAUGGCUUAAUGGGCAGCUUCUCUCUUUGCUCACUGUAGCUCGGAAGUAGAGAUGAUAGCAAAAGCUCACAAAAUGGGUCUAUUAACAACUCUUUAUGCCUUCAAUGAAGAUGAAGCUGCAGAAAUGGCAAAAGCUGGAGCUGAUGGUAUAGUGGCUCAUAUGGAUCUUACAGCUUCUGGCUCAAUAGGUGAAAAGACUGCUGUCACAUUGGAGGAAAGUGUACUUCGUGCACAAGCUAUUGCAAAUGCCACAAGCAGCAUCCAUACCCAUGCCAUCGUCUUAUGCCAUGAGAUCCUAUAUCUGGUCCAAAACAGACAGAAUUCAUACUGAAGAACACUGAGGUAGUUCAUGGGUUUUUUGGUGCAACAAGCAUGGAGAGGCUACCCCGCUGAACAAGCAAUUAAAAGCACAGUCCAAGAAUACAAAUUAAUGCCCUGAAGUGAGGUUCGGUAUAUCACUCCGUAUACGCAGCUGUUAAUUAUGAUUUGUACUUCCCUACAUCUUAGUACUAUGAUUGUGACAAUAAAUUAAUUUGCACUUUUUUA